GGUGUAGCAAUCUGGGCUCCGUCCAAUGGGCGGCGGAGGGGGCGGGGCCUGAAAUGUAACAAGCGAGCAGAAGGCAGUUUCUUGCAGCAGCAACUGGCCAGAGAGAGAGAGAGAGAGAGAGCGCUGACCAUGGCUGAAGCUGACAUUGCACUCAUUGGAUUGGCUGUGAUGGGCCAAAACUUGAUUUUGAACAUGAAUGAUCAUGGCUUUGUGGUCUGUGCCUUCAACAGGACUGUUUCCAAAGUGGACAGUUUCCUGGAAAAUGAGGCCAAAGGGACCAAAGUGAUUGGUGCUCACAGUCUGAAGGAGAUGGUUUGCAAGUUGAAGACUCCUCGGCGUAUUGUCCUGCUGGUCAAGGCUGGCCAGGCUGUUGAUGACUUCAUCCAGAAGCUGGUUCCGCUGCUGGAAAAAGGUGACAUCAUCAUUGAUGGUGGGAACUCGGAAUACAACGACACAACAAGGAGAUGUAAAGAAAUGAAAGCCAAGGGUUUGCUGUUUGUUGGGAGCGGUGUGAGCGGUGGAGAAGACGGUGCCAGAUAUGGACCUUCUCUGAUGCCCGGUGGUCACAAGGAGGCGUGGCCUCACAUCAAGGACAUCUUUCAGAGCAUUGCUGCCAAGGUUGGUUCAGGCGAGGCCUGUUGUGACUGGGUAGGGGAUGAAGGAGCUGGUCACUUCGUCAAGAUGGUGCACAACGGCAUCGAGUAUGGAGACAUGCAGCUGAUCUGUGAGGCUUAUCACCUGAUGAAGGACAUUCUCCACAUGGACCAUGAUGAAAUGGCAAAGGUAUUUGAGGAAUGGAACAAGACGGAGCUUGAUUCGUUCCUGAUUGAAAUCACGGCAGAUAUCCUCAAAUUUCGGGACCCCAGCGGGAAGCCUCUGCUGCCCCAGAUCAGAGACUCUGCAGGGCAGAAGGGCACAGGGAAGUGGACUGCUAUUUCUUCACUGGAAUUUGGAGUUCCAGUUACACUUAUUGGUGAGGCUGUCUUUGCAAGGUGCCUGUCCUCUCUGAAAGAUGAAAGGUUAAUAGCUGGCAAGAGGCUAACUGGGCCUAAAACAACUAAAUUCUCUGGGGAUAAAGGGACAUUCUUGGAAGAUAUCCGCAAGGCUCUCUACGCUUCGAAGAUCAUCUCCUAUGCCCAGGGAUUCAUGCUCUUGAGGCAAGCAGCUAAAGAGUUUAACUGGUCUCUGAAUUAUGGUGGGAUCGCACUGAUGUGGAGAGGCGGCUGCAUCAUCAGGAGUGUCUUUCUGGGAAAAAUUAAAGAUGCUUUUGAUGCAAAUCCUGAACUGCAGAACCUGCUCCUAGAUCAAUUCUUCACGAAGGCUGUUCAGGAUUGUCAGGAAUCCUGGCGUCAUGUGGUCAGCACUGGGGUACAGAUGGGCAUUCCUAUGCCCUGUUUCAGUACAGCUCUGUCUUUCUACGACGGUUACAGACACCAGAUGCUGCCAGCAAACCUUAUCCAGGCGCAAAGGGAUUACUUUGGUGCCCACACAUAUGAGCUGCUGUGCAAUCCAGGGGCUUUCAUCCACACAAACUGGACAGGUCAUGGUGGAAAUGUCUCCUCCUCUUCGUACAAUGCAUGAGCUAUAAACAGUUAACGCUAAAACACUUUGGUUAAAAUAACAUUCCGUAAGAGUAGAUAUUUUAAACAAACAAAAACUGUAAUUUUGAAUAUUCUAACUUAAGGCGUUCCCUAUUAUGUUGUGCUGGUAUCCAAUUUAGAACCAGGGAAAUAGAUUUACUGUGGAUUUUCAAUAAGGCCUUUGGGACUGAUUGAAAAGUUUUCAUGAAUAAUAAAUUGUCUAAACUAUGA